AUGGAUAGUAAGGAGGUAUUGGUGCACGUUAAGAACCUAGAGAAGAACAGGAGUAAUGACGCCGCAGUUCUGCAAAUUUUGCAUGACUUGGAUAAAGAGUUUGUUCCCACUGAAAAGCUAUUGAGAGAAACAAAAGUUGGCGUGGAAGUCAACAAGUUUAAAAAGUCAACUAAUCUCGAGAUCAGCAGACUCGUGAAGAAGAUGAUUAGCUCUUGGAAAGAUGCAAUCAACAAAAAUAAGCGUUCUAGACAGGUACAGCAACACCAUCAGGAGCAUGCACCAGCUAAUGCGGAUAAUAAGGCAGGUGUGAAUGGCUCUGUGAAUGGUGUAGAACAAGCUUCCUCUUCUCAGUCAGAUGCCACGAAACAAGACAAAUACGUCAGCACUAAGCCGAGGAACAGCAAAAAUGAUGGUGUGGAUACAGCUAUAUACCACCAUAAAUUACGUGAUCAGGUACUAAAGGCGCUUUACGAUGUAUUGGCCAAAGAAAGUGAGCACCCUCCUCAGUCCAUUUUACAUACUGCAAGGGCUAUAGAAAGUGAAAUGAACAAAGUUAACAAUUGUGACGCUAGCGAAGCCGCAUAUAAGGCCAGGUACCGUGUAAUUUAUUCAAAUAUCAUAUCAAAGAAUAAUCCGGAUCUUAAACACAAAAUUGCCAAUGGCGAUAUAACGCCUGAGUUCUUGGCUACAUGCGAUGCCAAGGAUUUAGCCCCAGCGCCCCUAAAACAAAAGAUAGAAGAAAUCUCUAAACAAAACUUAUACAACGCGCAAGGUGCCACCAUAGAAAGGUCAGUCACUGACAGAUUUACAUGUGGUAAAUGUAAAGAGAAGAAGGUAUCUUACUACCAAUUGCAAACGAGAUCUGCGGAUGAACCUUUAACAACUUUCUGUACUUGUGAAGCAUGUGGUAAUAGAUGGAAAUUUUCUUAG